AUGGGCAACUCAGCAGUAACGAGAGAAAAACAAAGCGAUGAUCCAUGCCACAAGCUUGCAUGUAAAAUACAGACUUGUCUCACCAACAAUAAUUUCAAUCAGAACAAAUGUGAUGAAGAAAUGAAAGCGUAUAAUGAUUGUGUGAAAAAGUUCGCAGAAAAGAAAAAACAAGAGCAAUUACAAUCUCAAUAUGAAAAAUAA